ACAACACUCCCUUUGUAUUACUACAUGCCCCAUUCUUCAUCUUUGUCAAGAAAAGCUUUAAAUAACAAAUACUAAUAACUGCCUUUAUAAAAAGUUUUCUUUAAAGGAAAAUGGUAAAAUCUUGCUCUUCCAAAUCAAAGAAUCCUUGGACUGAUGAAGACAACGCCCCCCAGAAGUUUACAUUUGCAUCUGCGUCCAAGAACGGAUCCACUCCUAAGAAAAUAGGACUUCGGAGAUGUGGGAAGAGUUGCAGAGUGAGAAAGACUGAGAAUGCAGGAGCUAAGCAUGAGAGCUUCACUCCUGAAGAAGAAGAUCUUAUCAUCAAGAUGCAUGCGGCAAUGGGAAGCAGAUGGCCACUCAUUGCACAACAUUUACCAGGAAAGACAGAAGAAGAAGUGAAGAUGGUUUGGAACACAAAACUAAAAAAGAAACUGUCUCAAAUGGGAAUAGAUCAUGUCACUCACCGUCCUUUUUCUCAUGUUCUUGCUGAAUACGGCAACAUCAACGGUGGUGGUACCCUAAACCCUAAUCCCAUGAACCAAACCGGUUCCCUUGGACCUAAUCCCUCCCUCAACGAAGAUUCUCAUAACCAACAACAACAACCUGAUGAUUCAGGAGAUCUCAUGUUUCAUCUACAAGCAAUCAAGCUUAUGACUGAGUCAUCAAACCAAGUCAAGCCAGAGUCCACGUUUAUGUACGCCUCUUCCUCUUCUUCUAACUCGUCUCCUCCAUUGUUCUCUUCAACUUGUUCUACCAUAGCUCAGGAGAGCUCAGAGGUUAACUUCACCUGGUCUGACUUUCUUCUUGACCAAGAAACCUUCAGUGAAAACCAACAGCAGAACUAUCCUGAUCAAGAACUAGACAACUUGUUUGGGAAUGAGUUCUCUGAGGCAGAAGCUGUAGCUACGAUGGCUAAUACAGCAACUGCAGCUUCUCAAAUGGAAGAAGAAUCUCUAAGCAAUGGGUUCGUUGAGUCGAUUAUAGCUAAAGAAAAAGAGUUGUUCUUGGGAUUUCCAAGCUAUUUGGAGCAGCCUUUCCGAUUCUAGUUUAUCUUUCUUCUUCUUCUCAAGUCUCAACUACUAAAUAAAGAGACAAUAUAAUAAAAGAGACAGUUGAUUUAUUAUAAUAGAGAAGAAAAAUAUAUAGAGAAAGAGAUGAGUCUUAUUAAUGUUACUUUGGGGUUCAAGAAAUCUUUGUUGAUUUUUUCAUUA